UACGUAACAACGUGGGUGGAAGGAUCCUGAACCAUGAUGCAAACAGAAAAUCCACCGGUCAGGCUAUCACCAUGGGUCACAUCCUGCUCAGCUCUACUGCCGGCAGCCUCAGUCUGCCCGCACAGGCCCCGGGCAAGCCGGCUCCAGGCUGCCCUCCCCAGCCCAAGAUGAUUGACCAGGAGUUCAGGUACACGCAAACUCUGGCCCAGGAGUACCUGCUGCACGUCCUGCAGGUGCCGCAGUGCGGGGCCAGCCCCAGCAGGACGUCCAGAGUGCUACAGGGUGUGGCUUUCUCAGUGCAGAAAGAAGUGGAGGAGAGCCUGAAGCCGUGGUUGGACAGAUGCGAUGUGGCGUCCGUCAACGCUGCCAGGGCGAUAUUCACCCAGGUGAUGGAGAAGGAGUUCGAGGACGGCAUCAUUAACUGGGGGCGGAUUGUGACCAUAUUUGCUUUUGGGGGAGUCAUCCUCAAGAAACUUCCGCGAGAGCCGCUGGCCCCAGAUGUGGACACUUACAGGGAGAUUUCUCACUUUGUGGCUGAGUUCGUAGUGAACCACACGGGAGACUGGAUCCGGCAGAACGGAGGCUGGGAAAACGGCUUUGUGAGGAAGUUUGAGCCCAAAUUUGGCUGGCUGACCUUCGUGGGAGUUCUGGGACAGAUCUGUGAGAUGCUGUCCCUCCUGAAGCAAUUCUACUGAUCGAAAGGACUCUGACUGUUGAGAGAGCUACUGCCACACAGGCCCUUCCUCCUCAAAGCCCUCACGAUGUUUCCCGACUGUCCAAAGCUACGGACUUCUGUCCCUCUUUUAAUAAAUUAAUUGUCUCUGUA